AUCACUCGUUACAGUACAACCGAAUAUGGGAGGCCACCAGUCUUUCCCCAGGGUUACCCUGCCUAAGGAGAGAGUUGUCAUAGUAACCGGUGCAAACACAGGUAUCGGAUACGAGACAGCCAAAUGUAUAGCCAUGAUGGGGGCUACGGUCAUACUGGCCUGUCGGUCGGAGGAGAAGGCAAACCAGGCAAUGACAAAGAUGAAUGCAGAAUUCCAGACAGAGAAAGACAGAAAAAAUGAAAGAGUGGUUGAUUAUCCGGAACUCAAGAUAGAGUUCAUGAAAUUAGACUGCGCCAGUCUCCAGUCGGUGAUGGACUUUGUGAAAGAAUUCAAAAAUUCUGGUCGACAAUUACAUGUUCUCGUGUGCAACGCGGGAAUCGGAAUGAGCAAACAGGCAUACACAGAGGAUGGGUAUGAACUAAUGUUUCAGGUGAAUUACCUGAGCCAAUACCUAUUAUCUGCACACCUGUUACCUAUCAUGAAGACUUCUGGAGAAGAUUGUCGUAUCGUACUUGUAUCGAGUGAAGUUCACCGCUACUCCGAGUUUAAUUUGGACAGAAUACAGGGGAGACAAUUCAAUGAGCGAAACUUUAAACGAACACUGUUCUACGGAAAUUCUAAAGCAUUCCAGAUAAUGCAGAUGUUCAGCAUGAACCGAAGACUUCAAAAGUCAAACGUCACAGUAGUCAGCUUACAUCCGGGUGUCGUACAGACGGAAGUGACGAGAAACUUCACUGAUUUGGCACCGUGGGCAUUGUUGUUUGGUGUAUCAAAACUAUUAGGCGCAUCGAAAACACCAUUUGAAGGAGCUGAAACCACCAUCAAUGCGGCCGUAAAUCCGGCCCUGAAAGGCGUCCGUGAUGUUUAUUAUAAUAACUGUAAACCUGACAGCAUCCACAGCAGAGCAAGGAAUAAACAAAACCAAGAAUCUUUAUGGGCAUACACACAGGACUGUCUUAAGAAAGGCGACUUUCUCCCUGAUGACAUAAUCCAGUGUUUAGAAGGAGAAUAAAUCGUGUACAGUGUACACGUUACAUGUAUAUCUCUACAUGGAUAAGGGAGACAACUCCUCAGUUAGUUAACUCUAUCGCAAAACGUAAAGACUGUGACAAACGUGAAGCAUUCUUUAAAGUUUAUGGCCGUAUCUGAGGUAGGAAGUUUGAUAAACAUAGUACGUUGUUCAACAAGACACAUCAAUCAAAGGGAACUUCCAAAAGGUUCUGGAUAACCAAAAAACUGUGAUACAUGUAUAAACAUUAUAUUUCAUUAUCUUCCUUGAUGGUUAGUCAGUAUUAAUUAUGGUGGCGUAUUCCAAUCCAUUAAUGAGACUUAAGACAUCUUUAGAACAUUAACUUUCAUCUAGCAUUAAUCGUGAGCCUUUCUGAUAUUUAAAUGAAGUUUUGACGUCUAACUCAUCUGACGCUAGACAUCUGCUGAUAUUAUUGGCCUCCUGACUGACCCAUGUGUGUUUGAAGAGGCUGCAGUAUGUUCGUGUUUGUCUUCUUGUGAUAGCGCGGAACUGAUACCUAAUUUACUAGGUAAAUUAGAGACUGGUGUGCCCCGACCUGGGGACAGAAGACAUUUUUAUGCCCUACCUGUAAGUCAGUAACCGGAACAAGUGUAACUGAAUAGAGCAUUAUUGAUCAACUAAACUCAACGUAUAUAUCAAUGAGCCACAGAAUAAACGUUGUUUGGAUACUAAAAAGAUAAAAAAAAAUCUUCAGAUAUUAUGGGAUAAAUGUAUACGUUCAUUUUCAAUUUCUUUCUCGUGCGUUUAUAUAAUCAUUGAUUCGGUUGAUGUUGACGUCCUGCUCUAGCUAACAACUAGGUCGUACUGUUUAUCUGCAACUAUUAAGGGCAACCAUUUUAAAUCUUAAUUCGACGAUGAUUUAUCAUUAUGUCACCAAAUUAUUUGUCCAAAAUAUAUUAAAUACUUGCAUGAUCAAUAUUUUAAAUGCAUUAUGAUUGUUAUGUGUAUGUACUAUAAACUAUUAUACGUUAUGAGGAUCAUUUUAUAAGUGUUUCCUGUUAACCAAUCUUUUUAUAUAUAUACAAACAUGUACUUAUAUAAGAUAUUCUGAAAUACAAUCGUUAAAGUGAAUUACCUAAUUGGUUGUAAUUUUUAGAAUUACUAAUUCUGGGAUUCAUAGAAAAUAGAUAUUUAUUUGGCGAAUACGGACUUUUAUCAAUAAAAUAUAAAAAAACAAAAAAAAAAAAACAA